UGUGAGCAAUCAGCUGACCGACAACCAUCGUACAACAUCCAAGUUCCAAGAGACGUCCAGUUUUUGAACACCACACUGUUCUUACCUACUGGCCCUCCAACCCACACACACUAGGAGAGAGAAGCACAGAAGCCAUGUUUCCUCUCCGUGUACCGAUCUUGGCUGUACUGGUCAGCCUGGCCCUGUGCCAGUACUAUGACUAUGAUUACCAGCCUGUUUCCAUGCUGGGACCAUCAGGGCCCAAUUGUAAUCAAGAAUGUGAGUGUCCCAUCAAUUUCCCCAGUGCCAUGUAUUGUGACAGCCGCAAGCUCAAGUUUGUGCCCAUAGUCCCAACAGGGAUCAAGUACCUGUACCUCCAGAACAACCAAAUUGAAGAGAUCAAGGCAGGAGUGUUUGAUAAUGUAACUUCUGAACUGCGCUGGCUGGUGCUUGACAACAACCAGAUCACCAAUGCUAAGAUAGCAAAGGGCACGAUUGACAAACUCACAGCCCUGGAGAAGCUCUUUUUCAGCUUUAACAACCUUACAGAGCCAGUCAUCCCUCCAUCAAAGUCCCUCGAUGAGCUGAAGCUGACCCACAACAAGAUGUCCAAGUUCCCCUCAGGGCUCUUGAGCGACAAGGAGAAUCUGACCUCCAUCAACGUUCAGCACAAUGAGCUGACCUCUGAAGGCAUCUCAGGGGCUUUCAAAGGCCCAAAGAAGCUGCUGUCCCUGGAUGUGAGCCACAACAAGCUGAAGAAGCUGCCCGCUGGAGUCCCCAAUUCACUGGAAAUCCUCUACGCCGAUUACAACAACAUUGAGAGUGUCGGAGCAGGAUAUCUGAACAAGCUACCCUCACUGCGGUACCUGAGAAUUUCCCACAACAAGCUGGCGGACGCCGGGAUCCCUGCUGGAGUCUUCAACGUGACAUCACUGGUGGAGCUGGACCUGUCCUUCAACAAACUGCAAUCCAUCCCUGAGAUCAACGAGCAGUUGGAGCAACUCUACCUGCAGGCUAAUGAGAUCAACAAGUUUGACCUGACAAGUAUCUGCAAGUUCAUGGGACCCCUCAACUAUUCACGCCUGAAGCAUCUGCGUCUGGAUGCCAACAACAUCACACACAGCAGCAUGCCCCCCGACUCUUCCAACUGCCUGCGCCAAGCUUCAGACAUCAUGUUUGAAUAAGAAUUUCCAUCAGUACUAAGAUCUCUCUAUGACCCACCUCCGUACUAUCAUGACACAGCUCAACCCAAAGCCUUCUGGAUUUAAAUGUUGUAAUACCAUGCCUUUCAUAGUACUGAUAUGUCCUUGCACUUCUAAAAUAACUAAGAUCGUGAUGUUGAUCAGCUAAAUAUGGCUUGAGCAAACAAAAAGCUGAGCAAAUUUGAGAAGCAAAAGAAGGCAUGACAAACUACCAACGGUUUUGCCAAGCUUUUUCUACCAUAUCUUGCAAAAUAUGCAAUCAGAUGAAUGAAUUCCUCAAGCAAACAAGCUUUAAAUUUUUGGUUCUUAAAAUUUGGAGGUAUAAAUGAAGUGUAAUCUUUAAAGAAACUUAAUAAUCAAGAGUUCGAUGAAUAAAAUGCAUUAAUAUGCUUUGAUAAGGACGCACACUUCAAACAUUCCAAACUUCCAUUUUAGUCUAAUGAAUACAGACAUAAAGGAGCAAGCAAUAGCUAAAGUUCUCCAAUGUCUUAAUUCAGUUGUAGUGUCAUUUUAUUGUCUGUCUUGUAUGUUCCAGUGUCUAGCAUGUAUAAUAUUAUCAGGGUACAAUUAUUAAUGCAUUGCUGUGCAAAGGACCAGCAUGUAAGGACUGCGUACUCAGAUUUCAGUGUGUAUUGUAAGAAAUUAUCCUCAAAUGUAAAAUAGAAGUUGAAAAGCAGUCAGAUUUUCAACACAUUGAAAAAAUUAGAGUGGUUUUUAUGGAAAAUACCAGUGUUUUGAACUCAUGUCUGCAGUUGUCGGCAUACUUUAAACUCAAUUGAUGCAUGAUUUUCCACUGAUUGACUUCCUUGAUUAAAUAAACUAUCACCAACUUAGAAACGCCUAUUUUCUUCUCAGAAAUGGCUUUCUAGUUCUGUACAGCAAUAACUUUAAGCCCAAGAGACAUUGCUAUUAUGCUUGAAAUUGCUUUUUCUGUUCAGUCUGAGUUAAUAGGACGAUGUUUUCUAGAAAUCAUGAGUCAUAUUGUUUCUAUAUAUUACCUGUUUCCCAGCUGUCCGCUGUCAUGCACAAUGCUGAUGUGUAUACAACAUUUUCUUGACUUGCAUGCGCCCAGUGGUGCCAUUCUUUGAUAAUAAACUACAGCUUUUUGCAGUUAAGGUGCUUUCAUUGUUACGCUGUUGUUUACUAUGAAUGAUAAAUACUUCUUACCAGCAUUACAUCAACUUGGCACCAUUGUCGUGUUGAUUGAAUGGUGUAUCUAUGUCAUUUUGUUUGGGUAGUUUUCAUUUCAUCAUGACUUCUUUUGAAACCUUUGACUUUGUUCUUGGAUUUACUGUGAGAAAACCAACCACAGUUGAAUAAACUAUGUUUCCAACAUAUUUGUAGGACA